AUGCCUAAGCAAGAGCGUCUCAAUAACGACGCAUUCCUGGAAGCCCUGGGAUCUCUUCUCACUACUACCACAUCCUCCUCGUAUGGCUCUGUAUUUCUCGCCCAAAAACCAAUGCCAAGUUCGGACUCUUCGACACCCUCGUCACAGGUCUUAAUACGCGCUACGAAUGGAACAGCGACUUCGUCCGCAAGUAGCAAAAGUAAGGUCGCAAAACAGCACAAGCCGAGGGCGAAAGUAAAGCUUGCGACUGUGGUUGACCAUUCCGAUCUGGAGAAUUUCUACGCCAAAUAUGCCGAAGUCUGCAAGAAAGGUAUGGAGGGAUUGAGGAAAAGAGAUAAAAAGAAGGCCAAAGGAAAGGCAAAAGCUGCGAAAAAGAAGAAGGGCAACGUGGCUGGUUGA